AAAAGGAUUCAGAAUAUGGGCCUGUACGUCGAUGAGUAUUAUAUAUAUGCAUCGAGAGACGUUUGGUGCUUCUGUCCUGAUUGCGGCUCGAUUCUACCUUUGCUUGGUGAGAAAGGAGGAGUUACAUGUUAUGCUUGCACAAAAGAAUGGGGUCCUGAAGUUUUUGGUGAUAUGGCAAUGACAGUUACACUUCAUUUUAAAUCUAAAGAUACUUAUGAAUCUGCAAAAAAAACAGAUAACGUUAAAGACCAUGCAGAUGGACCAGUUGUAGAGCGACGAUGUCCUCAAUGUCAAAAUGAUAAAAUGUCAUAUGCUACUUUGCAAUUAAGAUCUGCUGAUGAAGGACAAACAGUAUUUUAUACAUGUACCAAGUGCAAAUACAAGGAAACUGAGAAUUCUUGAUUUCUCAAUUUUAAAUUGUAUAUACAAUUGUACAUUGUAUAUGCAGCUUUAUCUCAAAUGUUUUAUCAUAAUAGAUGAUUUUAUCAGAUUUUUUCAAUGACAUAUUCAAUUGUAUUUCAUUUGAAUGAACAUGUAUUUGGUUACUUUUAUAAGAAAAUAGCUAAAAGUAUUAAUUAGAUAUGAAACCUCCUUAAUAAAACAUAGAGCUUUAUUUAUAAUACACUCAACAAAUAGUGGUGAAGAGGGUACAUCCGUCUUAAUUUUAUAAUUCUACUAGGUCGUCAUUACUGUAUUUUUCCUUCUAACAAUGCUUCGUUACCUUAGUUCAAUUAAGUGUUCAAUUAAGUAAUUCUGUAUGUACAAUGCGCGCGUGUCGGGAUAAAAGUUAACAAUUAUUUUAAUAAAUUCAUCUUGAUCCACUCUCGAAAUUGUUAUAGUGGUCCUUGUGUUAUAAAACUUCAAUAGUUAGAGAAUUUGUCGAUAGUCUCUUGCUUAUCCUAUGUGUGUGCAUUUACACAUUGGCACUAAUAUCUGCCCAUAUUCUAACAAUAAUAAGUAGAUAUGCUAUCUCAUGUUAAGGGAAAGGAUGUCAAUGAACUAAUUGCUGAACUUUAUACGUACACACGGACAUACUUAAACUACAAAUACAAAAUACAAAUAUGAUAUCAAGUGAUAUUGCAUAAUUGCACUUUCUUAACACUCUGGUAUACCCAUAUCACAAGCAUUAUAAAAUAGAGAAAUGGAAUGCUUAAAAUACUUAAAAGGACACACUUAUUUAUAUGUUUGGAACAUGUGUAUCUUCGUCCCUUUAAAAAGUGAAAAUAUGGGGAACCAAUAUAAGGGCCUUUGUAAAAUCUAUUUAUCCUUAAAGAAACUUUGAAAGAAUCGAUUUUACCUUGGAAUCAAGUAAGAUUUUAUUGUAAGGCAAUCAAGAACAUAGAAAAUUAAAACGGUUAUCUUGCUGGAAACAAUCGUGCUAAUAGAGUUUCGUCGGGCGGUAAGAUCGACUCUAAAAGUUUUGAAGGAUAAUUUUAUUAUUAAUAUGUAUGCAUUGUAUGCCACAUUUAGGAUAUUUUUAUAUAUUUAAUUAAAAUAACAAAAGGAUUAAUAUCUCUUCAACAACGGCAUUAUCAAACGAUGCUCUUAUUUUCCGAAUAUUAUAUAUCUGACAGCAUAUAGUACGUUUUUAUAAAAAAACAUGCCUUUUAAUAUGUUCAUUAUCAUAACCUUCUGUUAUUAUACGUUUUUGUCUUUGUACAUGUUAUUUUUAUAGUGUAUAUCACUCUUAAAAUGUGCAAUGGUUUGUUUAGAUAACAAAAAUAAUAUGAUGUCGCCUAACUAUGAAUUGUUUACAAAACAUUGCUUUUACGUACAUCAUCAUCGAUCUUCAGAGUAGAAAUCGGUUGCUGCUUUUAUACUGCGUUUCUCAUGUUAUUUUCGAAAUUAUGAAUAUCACAACAAUCGAUCUUACAAGACGGUGCGUCACGUUGUGAAAAUGUACAACUCUUUAGCUCUAAACAUAUUCCAAAAAUUAAUCCGUUCAGAAAACCCCGCUUUCUUUUGUGUGCAAUUUGAAUUUUUACAUAUUAUUGGUUGAUUACAUUACAACAUCGGCGGAUGUUGUAGAAUUUAAUCGAUUGUACUUACACAAUAUCCUUAGUUUGCCAAAGCUUUGAGUAGUACAACAGUAUAAUUAUUUAGUAAUAGUAAUUGUUAAUAUCAUAUGUUAGAUUAAUCAAUAUUAAAAUGUUCUUUAGUAUA